AUGUACGGCCUCUGCUUCUCAAACCCGUCAACAGUACCCCCCGCAGUGAACAGACUUGGGUGGAGCCUAGCGUCGAAGGGAUGGGGCACGCCGGUAGAGGCGGAGGAACGAAAGCAAGGCUUUUCAGCCCUACCAUUCAACUGGACUGAGAAAGAAAGGGUUGCUGCACCAAGUAGUGCAGCCCCAUCGUCAGCGGGCGCCAUGGUUAUUAUGGGCUCCAGUUCGGGCAGCCUCGUGCUGCCCAUGGGUGACGACAUGCACACACAUUUGCGUCAAGGGGAACUCAUGGAUGCUGUUGUUCCACUUCUUCGCAAAGGAGGUUGCAACCGAGUGCUGGUGAUGCCGAACACAGUUCCCCCAAUUGUGACAUGCUCACAGGCUCUCGAGUACAGAAACGAGCUGCUUAAAAGGCCAUCGAGGCUUCUGCAGGACCCCAAAGUAGAUUACCUGAUGACGCUUUACCUGUGCCCGGACGUUGAUCCGCAAGAUCUUGUUAACAAUGCGAAGGCUUCGCAUGUUGUUGGAGUCAAGCUGUAUCCACGUGGUGUCACCACCAACUCGCAGCACGGAGUGGAGGACCUCGGGGCGUUUGACAGCGUGUUUGAAGUGCUCCAGCAAUGCGGAUUAACUCUGCACAUUCACGCAGAGUCUCCGAAAGCUACGGCCCUCAAGGCAGAGGAAACGUUUUUGCCGGCCUUCGAGCAGAUACACCAGCGCUUUCCCGGCUUGAAGAUUGUCUUUGAACACAUAUCAACGGCUGCAGCAGUAGAAGCUGUGAAGGGCAAAAAAAACGUCGCCGCCACCAUUACUGCACACCACCUACGACUGACAACAGGAGACGUGUGGGGUCAAGAGGAAGCAGAAGAAAGCCUAAACCACUUGCCUGACGGGCCCGAGGAACGCCGCGUGUUAAAUCCGCACAACUUCUGCAAGCCAGUGCCCAAGCGCGAGGAAGACCGUCAGGCACUGUUAAGCGUAAUUCGCGAGGGAAAUCCCCAGUUUUUUCUCGGCUCCGACUCAGCUCCUCAUCCCGUGACGAAGAAGAACUCCAACCCGCCAGCAGCCGGCGUCUUUACGCAGGCGUUCCUUCUUGCGUACCUCGCCGACACUUUCGCCCGCGCAGGAUGCUUGGACAAGCUGAGGGGCUUUGCAUGCGAACACGCAGCAGCCUUUUUCGGGAUGCCAAAGAAGGAGUUGGUGGAGGGAGAAGACUGUGUUGUGCUGGAACGGAAGCCAUUUGCGGUCCCUCAAGCCGUCUGUGGAAUGGAGGGGUCGGGCAAUGAAGUGGUACCUUUUCUCUCCGGUGAUGAGCUCCUCUUUACCGUCAGCGUUACUCCAUUCUCUGCAGCUCUAGAGUCAAUUCAAUGA